CACACACACACACACACAAGCAGCAUAAUAAAAGUGAGGGACUUCGAGCGAUGCAGACAGACAGACAGAGUACCACCAGCAGAAGAAAGACGCCAACAAUCAAGAUGAUGAUGAUGAAGAGCUCCAUCAUUCUGACGGCCUGCGUUGUGCUUCUCUUAUCCCUCACUGUCGAAGCAUCUCAAAGCAGCUUUGGCCCGGAUGAGUGCUGUUUUAAUUUUUACUCCAAUCUCCUGCCCAAGAGAAGGGUGAUGAGCUACAAAUACACAGACAAAAUGUGUCCGAUGGAAGCCGCGCUCUUUACGAUGAAGAAUGGCGCCGUAUUCUGUGUCGACCCGUCUGUGGAGUGGGUCAGGAACAUCAUCAAGAUGAAAGAUGCCCAGGCUGCAAAAGCAUCCAGCUCUGGUUAAAACCACUAACUGAUCCAAUGUAUUAAUAAGAGGCGGUUGUGUAGUGGUAACAUUUAAUCCAGCCAUCUUUAAAGCUUUCUCUACUUUUCUAAAGUGUACUUUUCAAUGAGCUUAAAACUAACUGCAAAAUAACCUGAGAUAACUUCUUGUUUGUAUGUUUAUUUCAAUGCAGUUGAAGGUUUAAGUGAUGUAUUGGAAGGUUGCAUAUAAGCUAUGACAUUUUAAAUCAGAUACUAAUAUUAUUUUCUAAUAAAAUGCUUUAUAUAUCAUA